AUGGCGAUACAGCAAAAAUCAAGCAAGGUGGAUGUGCUCAUUGUUGGGGCUGGUCCGGCAGGACUUAUGCUCGCAAACUGGCUUAGUCGGACAGGUGUGAAGACCAGAAUCGUGGACAAGCGCGGGACAAAGAUUUACAACGGGCAGGCCGAUGGCAUGCAAUCCCGCACCCUCGAGAUCUUCGAUUCUUUCGGUUUCGGACACCGUGCUUGGCACGAAUCAAACCACAUGCUGGAGAUGUGUCUGUGGAACCCAGAUGCAAACGGCAAGAUACAGCGGACGGAUAGGGUUAUCGAUACUAUACAGAAUUUGAGUCGGUUUCAACAAGCUGUGUUACACCAAGGCCGGAUCGAACGAUUCCUCCUGGACUCCAUUUCGGAGCACAGUGACAUCCGCGUGGAACGCUUGGUGCUACCAGAGAAGGUGGAGUUCGCCGAACCAGUGCAGGACCACCGGAGUGAGAACUAUCCUAUCUCAGUCACAAUAAGACAUCUUGCCGUAGACCCAGCUGCUGCGCAGACAGGAAUCGAGAAUGGUCUUUUCCGCAGCAACUUGGCCAAGGAUGACACUGAAGACAUCCUCGCCGUAUCAGCCCGACGCGAAGACGAAGUCGAAACCGUCCAAGCAAAAUAUCUUGUCGGAUGUGAUGGAGCGCAUUCGUGGGUCAGGAAGCAGCUUGGUCCAGACUUUGCUUUGGUGGGCGACUCGACAGAUUACGUUUGGGGUGUGAUAGAUGUGAUACCGAUCACUGACUUUCCCGACAUUCGCACGAGAUGCGCAAUCCAUUCAGAGGACUCCGGCAGUAUGAUGAUCAUCCCGAGAGAAAACAAACUCACCAGGCUCUACAUCCAGCUUAGGUCUGUUAAUGAAGCACGUUCAGCUUCGGGCGGCCGCGUGGAUCGCUCAGCUAUCACGCCAGAAACUAUCCUCACUGCUGCACAGAAAAUUAUUGCGCCUUAUAAGUUGACGUACAAGCAUUGCGACUGGUGGACUGCAUAUCAAAUUGGACAGCGUAUCGCCGAGAGAUUCUCUCUCAACGAACGUGUUUUCCUUGCUGGUGAUGCCGUGCACACACAUAGUCCUAAGGCAGGACAGGGCAUGAAUGUCAGCAUGCAGGAUACUUACAACCUCGGAUGGAAGAUUUCUCAAGUUGUCCACGGCUAUGCGGAUCCAAUCAUCCUCAAGACGUAUCAAUCGGAGAGGCGGCAUGUUGCAAAACAGCUCAUCGACUUUGACACGAAAUUCUCCAAACUGUUCUCUGGCAAACCUGCCAAAGAUCUCAUGGAUAGCGAAGGCAUUGACUUGGUCGAGUUCAAGAGAGCUUUCGAGACUGGAAACAUGUUCACGAGUGGAGUCGGCGUCAAUUAUGGAAAGUCAAUAAUCACAGCCAAAGAAGGUGAUUCCAAAGAACAAGGCGACGGAACAGACGUCAUGUGCGGCCACAAAGGUGUCUCCAGCCGUCAAGAACUUGCUCCCAAAGUCCCCCUCGGCAUGCGAAUGCCCAGCUUCAAAGUCCUCAACCAAGCCGAUGCUCGUCCCUGGCACCUCCAAGAACGCCUCAAUAGCAACGGCCGCUGGCGUCUCCUCAUCUUCGCCGGCGACAUCCAUAACCCAACCCAAAAAUCUCGCAUCGAGAAACUCGGCGCCGCUUUGGCAGACCCAAAGUCCUUCAUCAAACGUUUCCAGCCUGCUGGCAAGCCCGUGGACGAACUUGUUGAGAUCUUGACUGUUCAUAGUAGUAAGAGGACGGAUUGCACGGUGCACGAUUUCCCUGAGAUCUUCCACCCAUAUAGCGACGAGUUCGGCUGGGAUUACUGGAAGAUCUUUGUGGAUGACGAAUCGUACCACGAGGGCCACGGACAUGCAUAUGAAAAUUAUGGUAUUGAUCCAGUGAAGGGAUGUGCUAUUAUCGUACGGCCGGACCAAUAUGUUAGCUGGAUUGGCGAGCUAGAAGAUACGGAUCUGAUGGACAAGUUCUUUUCAAAUUUCCUUAUCGAGCAGAGUUCGUAG